CCUGGGAGCUUGAGGCUGCAGUGAGCUGUGAUACUGCCACUGCAUCCAGCCUGGGUGACAGAGCAAGAACCUGCUCUAAACAAACAAACAAAAGAUGUUUCUACUGCACUGAAUUUAGAAGGUAGUGAGCCUUGGUAUGCAUAUUCAAAGCUUUCAGUUCUUUUUCCGCAACAGUUUUAUAGUUGAAGCAGUGGAGAUGGUGAUCCUAUCAGCUGUGAUACGAAGAUGUUUUCACGGUGGGAUUCCUUGAAAUUUUUUAAGUGGCUGUUACAAACAUUAUUCAUGAUCACUGUGGAUUCUAAAAGGAGGAAAUAAAAGCUGCUUUUCAUGGUGGUAGCGUUCUUAGCAAGGGUUUUUUGGUGGCGGUUGUGGUUGCAGUGUAGCCCUUGGCCCAGGUGGGGAGAACGCUUUGGUAUUGGAAGCAGCCAGGGCUGUGCGGUGAAGGACCGGAGUGGUGGACGCCUGCUGCUGUGGUGGGACUGUGGGCCCAGGAGAGCCCACUCCCCAUGGCUGGGCUGCCUGAAGGAAGAAUGAAGCCUCUAAGGGUAGAUUGGCAAUGCUAUGUCAAGGUCUGGGACCUUGGCCACCAACUGGGGCCCCCUAAAGUUGUGUAGUACAUGGCCUGCCCACACACGUACUGGAGCAUUUUAGAUGAUGGGGGUGAUUUUGAGGGACUGCUACUGACAGGGCUGGUCCAUUGAGCAACACAAAAGGGUUGACCCAGGUCAGCUGCGUUUUCUGUGAGGACAGUUUCUGUAGCUCAGAUGUCAGAGUCUUGGGUGGAGGAAGGGAAGGAAGAAGAGAAUCUUCCUUUCCUUUCCUUUGCUUUCUGGGGUGUCUGCCCUUGGGGCCAAUGCCCUGUGAGUUUCUGCUUUUCCCUCCAGCUUCCUUCCUCUCCCUACUGGGAGCCAGAGCUUCUCUGAGCCUCGCCACACCCGUGGCAGCACAGAUGCCCUCUGGGUGUCUCUAAGCCUAGGACAGCAUCAAGACAACCCUCCUGCCCCACUUCCUUUGUGCCUGGGUCUCCCCCAAACUCCAUUUGGGGUGCCCUGUCCUUGUCAGCCCCUCGUGUGUCCACUGGGCCUGUGGGGCUGCAACAGCUAUCUUGGCCAGUCAGAGCUAUUAAUAGAAGGGGUCUUGCUCUCCCGUUUCAUUGGUGGGGAAACCGAGGGCUGGGGAAGCCUCCAUCAGGAGUAGAUCCCACCCCUAUGGACUUCGGGCUCAACGUUCUUUCCAACCAUACUCUGCCCCUCUUAGCUUCUGACCCUUUUGAAGGUUUUGGUUUGGGGGUGGCUGGAGAUGUCUGUGGUAACAAAUGGGAGUGGGGCUUGACAGGGAAUCAUUGGCUGCUAAGGGCUGGGAGCCGUGUGCUUCUGAGUUGGACCAGUUCUCUGCUGGGAUCUUCAGAGUUGCUUCUGUGGUGUGUGUUGGGGGACGUGAACCCAACCCCUCACAGCUUUAGUGUCAGAGAAAUCUGGGUUCAUGCCUCUGAUGGGUCCUGGUCUUGUCAAUCUUAGCGUCACCUGUAAACUGGGCACAGCACAGCGGCUGCCUGGAUGCAGAGCACGAGCCAGGCCCUGAGUGGCGUGUGGCCCAUGGAGCUGCUCUCCGCUGCCAUUCACCUUCUCAGGGACCCCGGGCACCAAACCUUCCUUGAGCCCAGUGCUGUGCUGCGCCUGGGGGUAUGGGGAAUAGACGCUGAGCCUGGGGGCAUGGGGAAUGGACCCAGUGCACCUGGGCUGCCUCAGGGCUUAGCUGUGGGGCAGGCCCACUUCCAGCCUUUCUGGGUUAAUCUGAUGGAACCCUUCCUGUCCUGGCCCUAAGAAGCUCCUCCCGCCAGCUCCUUCCUCCCACUCCCCGCUGGGGCAGAGCCAGGCCUGGGGCACCCACUCCCAGGCAACAGUGCUCCCCUGGAGAAAGGGGCUGGGCCUGUGGGAGAGCCAAGCCUGCGCUGUCUCCCGGUCCUGGUUUUCCAGGGAGCCCUGGCUGGAGGGGGAUGGGAGGAGAAGGCCAGGAGGGAGGGGGAGCUGGGGAAGCAGAACCAGGAACUGGAAGGGGAAGGGUGUGGGUGGGCCCAGAUCCAGCCUGCCUCCCUCUCUCCCUCGCCUGCCAAUCCCCUCCUGGGCCCUGGCACACUCGAGGCAGGGGCUUGGCGGCCGCCUCCUCCGGGGGUAGGGAGCAGGGGAGCUCUUGUGUGUCUCUGAGUGAGGGGGCUGAGGCAGCAACACCCCCACCCCAGCUGUGGCCUGAGCUGCAGGCUUUGUUAUUUCACUGGCUUGAGGCCUACACCUGGAGCAGAGGGAAGAAAAGCCCCUAAAACUCAGCCAUGUGGGUUCAGAGGACCCCUCAAGCCCACCAGCUCUGCAGGCAAAUGGGGCUAGUUCAUGGGAUGGGGGAGAGAGCAGCCUCACUCCUGCCUCAGUGUGGCCGUGACCUGUGGCCUUGGCCGUGGCUGUGGCCGUGACGGUGGCCUCGGCCUCUCCCUCCUAGGCCACAGCCAAUCAGGCCUGCAGCCUGAGCUCAGACCUCAGCUUUCUCUGGGCCCAGGCACCGGUCCUGAAGUGAGGUGACAUUCAUUUCACUACAUCCUGUGACUGCACUCACUUCCUCCACGUGGCGGGAGGUGUGGGGGUGGGGGUGAGGACAGAUUAGAAGGAAAAUGUAGCCGGGCUGGGGGCCUCUGGGGGAGGCUGGGAUUUCCCAGGGGCUGGUUGGGGUGGGAGGGAGGAUGCGGGAAGCUUUCAAAGGAGAGAGCGGCUGUGAAUGAAGAGAAGGGAGGAGGCGGAGGCAGCUGGAGGUCCCAGAAGUGGCACCCAUUGGCCGCAGCGACACGGAGGGGAGACUGCUGCCACGUCCAAGGCUCUCAGAGGCUGCUGGGGUGGAGCCAUCGAAGCCCUCACCCACAGGCUGACAGAGGCACCGUUCACCAGAGGGCUCAACACCAGGAUCUAUGUUUAAGUUUUAACUCUCGCCUCCAAAGACCACGAUAAUUCCUUCCCCAAAGCCCAGCAGUCCCCCAGCCCCACGCAGCCCCAGCCUGCCUCCCGGCGCCCAGCCGCCCGCCAUGCCCUCCAGCGGCCCCGGGGACACCAGCAGCUCUGCUGCAGAGCGGGAGGAGGACCGAAAGGACGGAGAGGAGCAAGAGGAGCCGCGUGGCAAGGAGGAGCGCCAAGAGCCCAGCACCACGGCACGGAAGGUGGGGAGGCCUGGGAGGAAGCGCAAGCACCCCCCGGUGGAAAGCAGUGAUACACCAAAGGACCCUGCGGUGACCUCCAAGUCCCCAUCCAUGGCCCAGGACUCAGGCCCCUCAGAGCUGUUACCCAACGGGGACUUGGAGAAGCGGAGUGAGCCCCAGCCAGAGGAGGGGAGCCCUGCUGGGGGGCAGAAGGGCGGGGCCCCAGCAGAGGGAGAGGGUGCAGCUGAGACCCCGCCUGAAGCCUCAAGAGCAGUGGAAAAUGGCUGCUGCACCCCCAAGGAGGGCCGAGGAGCACCUGCAGAAGCGGGCAAAGAACAGAAGGAGACCAACAUCGAAUCCAUGAAAAUGGAGGGCUCCCGGGGCCGGCUGCGGGGUGGCUUGGGCUGGGAGUCCAGCCUCCGUCAGCGGCCCAUGCCGAGGCACACCUUCCAGGCGGGGGACCCCUACUACAUCAGCAAGCGCAAGCGGGACGAGUGGCUGGCACGCUGGAAAAGGGAGGCUGAGAAGAAAGCCAAGGUCAUUGCAGGAAUGAAUGCUGUGGAAGAAAACCAGGGGCCCGGGGAGUCUCAGAAGGUGGAGGAGGCCAGCCCUCCUGCUGUGCAGCAGCCCACUGACCCCGCAUCCCCCACUGUGGCUACCACACCUGAGCCUGUGGGGGCUGAUGCUGGGGACAAGAACGCCACCAAAGCAGGCGAUGAUGAACCAGAGUACGAGGACGGCCGGGGCUUUGGCAUUGGGGAGCUGGUGUGGGGGAAACUGCGGGGCUUCUCCUGGUGGCCAGGCCGCAUUGUGUCUUGGUGGAUGACGGGCCGGAGCCGAGCAGCUGAAGGCACCCGCUGGGUCAUGUGGUUUGGAGACGGCAAAUUCUCAGUGGUGUGUGUUGAGAAGCUGAUGCCGCUGAGCUCGUUUUGCAGUGCGUUCCACCAGGCCACGUACAACAAGCAGCCCAUGUACCGCAAAGCCAUCUACGAGGUCCUGCAGGUGGCCAGCAGCCGCGCAGGGAAGCUGUUCCCGGUGUGCCAUGACAGCGACGAGAGUGACACUGCCAAGGCCGUGGAGGUGCAGAACAAGCCCAUGAUUGAAUGGGCCCUGGGGGGAUUCCAGCCCUCUGGCCCCAAGGGCCUGGAGCCACCAGAAGAAGAGAAGAAUCCCUACAAAGAAGUGUACACAGACAUGUGGGUGGAACCUGAGGCAGCUGCCUAUGCACCACCUCCACCAGCCAAAAAGCCCCGGAAGAGCACAACAGAGAAGCCCAAGGUCAAGGAGAUUAUUGAUGAGCGCACAAGAGAGCGGCUGGUGUACGAGGUGCGGCAGAAGUGCCGGAACAUUGAGGACAUCUGCAUCUCCUGUGGGAGCCUCAACGUCACCCUGGAACACCCCCUCUUCGUUGGAGGAAUGUGCCAAAACUGCAAGAACUGCUUUCUGGAGUGUGCGUAUCAGUACGACGACGACGGCUACCAGUCCUACUGCACCAUCUGCUGCGGGGGCCGCGAGGUGCUCAUGUGCGGAAACAACAACUGCUGCAGGUGCUUUUGCGUGGAGUGUGUGGACCUCUUGGUGGGGCCGGGGGCUGCCCAGGCGGCCAUUAAGGAAGACCCCUGGAACUGCUACAUGUGCGGGCACAAGGGUACCUAUGGGCUGCUGCGGCGGCGAGAGGACUGGCCCUCCCGGCUCCAGAUGUUCUUCGCUAAUAACCACGACCAGGAAUUUGAUCCUCCAAAGGUUUACCCACCUGUCCCAGCUGAGAAGAGGAAGCCCAUCCGGGUGCUGUCUCUCUUUGAUGGAAUUGCUACAGGGCUCCUGGUGCUGAAGGACUUGGGCAUUCAGGUGGACCGCUACAUUGCCUCGGAGGUGUGUGAGGACUCCAUCACGGUGGGCAUGGUGCGGCACCAGGGGAAGAUCAUGUACGUCGGGGACGUCCGCAGCGUCACACAGAAGCAUAUCCAGGAGUGGGGCCCAUUCGAUCUGGUGAUUGGGGGCAGUCCCUGCAAUGACCUCUCCAUCGUCAACCCUGCUCGCAAGGGCCUCUACGAGGGCACUGGCCGGCUCUUCUUUGAGUUCUACCGCCUCCUGCAUGAUGCGCGGCCCAAGGAGGGAGAUGAUCGCCCCUUCUUCUGGCUCUUUGAGAAUGUGGUGGCCAUGGGCGUUAGUGACAAGAGGGACAUCUCACGAUUUCUCGAGUCCAACCCUGUGAUGAUUGAUGCCAAAGAAGUGUCAGCUGCACACAGGGCCCGCUACUUCUGGGGUAACCUUCCCGGUAUGAACAGGCCGUUGGCAUCCACUGUGAAUGAUAAGCUGGAGCUGCAGGAGUGUCUGGAGCAUGGCAGGAUAGCCAAGUUCAGCAAAGUGAGGACCAUUACUACGAGGUCAAACUCCAUAAAGCAGGGCAAAGACCAGCAUUUCCCCGUCUUCAUGAAUGAGAAAGAGGACAUCUUAUGGUGCACUGAAAUGGAAAGGGUAUUUGGUUUCCCUGUCCACUAUACUGACGUCUCCAACAUGAGCCGCUUGGCGAGGCAGAGACUGCUGGGCCGGUCGUGGAGCGUGCCAGUCAUCCGCCACCUCUUCGCUCCGCUGAAGGAGUAUUUUGCGUGUGUGUAAGGGACAUGGGGGCAAACUGAGGUAGCGACACAAAGUUAAACAAACAAACAAAAAAACACAAAACAUAAUAAAACACCGAGAACGUGAGGAUGGAGAGAAGUAUCAGCACCCAGAAGAGAAAAAGGAAUUUAAAACAAAAACCACAGAGGCGGAAAUACCGGAGGGCUUUGCCUUGCGAAAAGGGUUGGACAUCAUCUCCUGAUUUUUCAAUGUUAUUCUUCAGUCCUAUUUAAAAACGAAACCAAGCUCCCUCCCCUUCCUCCCCCUCCCCUUUUUUUUCGAUCAGACCUUUUGUUUUCUACUCUUUUCAGAGGGAUUUUCUGUUUGUUUGGGUUUUGUUUCUUGCUGUGACUGAAACAAGAAGGUUAUUGCAGCAAAAAUCAGUAACGAAAAAUAGUAACAAUACCUUGCAGAGGAAAGGUGGGAGAGAGGAAAAAAGGAAAUUCUAUGGAAAUCUAUAUAUUGGGUUUUUUUUUUUUUUUUUUUUUCUUACUAUAUAUCUUUUUUUUGUUGUCUCUAGCCUGAUCAGAUAGGAGCACAAGCAGGGGACGGAAAGAGAGAGACACUCAGGCGGCAGCAUUCCCUCCCAGCCACUGAGCUGUCGUGCCAGCACCAUUCCUGGUCACGCAAAACAGAACCCAGUUAGCAGCAGGGAGAUGAGAACACCACACAAGACACUUUUCUACAGUAUUUCAGGUGCCUACCACACAGGAAACCUUGAAGAAAAUCAGUUUCUAGAAGCCGCUGUUACCUCUUGUUUACAGUUUAUAUAUAUAUGAUAGAUAUGAGAUAUAUAUAUAAAAGGUACUGUUAACUACUGUACAACCUGACUUCAUAAUGGUGCUUUCAAACAGCGAGAUGAGUAAAAACAUCAGCUUCCACGUUGCCUUCUGCGCAAAGGGUUUCACCAAGGAUGGAGAAAGGGAGACAGCUUGCAGAUGGCGUGUUCUCAUAGUGGGCUCUUCCCCUUGGUUUGUAACGGAGUGAAGGAGGAGAACUUGGGAGCCAGGUUCUCCCUGCCAAACAGGGGGCUAGAUGAGGUGGUCGGGCCCGUGGACAGCUGAGAGUGGGAUUCAUCCAGACUCAUGCAAUAACCUUUCGAUUUUUUUCUAAAAGGAGACUCCCUCGGCAAGAUGGCAGGGUACGGAGUCUUCAGGCCCAAUUUCUCACUUUAGCCGAUUCGAGGGCUCCUUGUGGUGGGAUCAGAACUAAUCCAGCGUGUGGGAAAGUGACAGUCAAAACCCCACCUGGAGCAAAUAAAAAAACAUACAAAACGUACUGGUGCUUUCCUGUCUAAGUCGCCUUUUGUGUGUUCUUUUAUGAGGCCCCCACCAUCCACCCCUCUGUGCACAAGGCGGCUCCCGGCCCCUGGAAUGUGAUGUUUUUGGUCAUCUCCAAAGGCUGCAGUUUUAUACUGGGAGGCUGAUGACACCUUUUAUUAUAAUUAUUCUUAUGGUUCUGGUUAUAAUUAUGUUUGUUUUAAGAUUUUCUUUAAGAAAACAAAAACCCAACACCCUUCCCUUGAGGUUUCAAACCAAGGUGCGGGAGCAGAGGGUGCUUCUGAGUUAGCGGUGGCUCUGGUGCCCUGGCUCCCACCCCUCGGGCCAGGUGGGCCACUGGGCAUGGUGACAGCUGGGCAGCCAGGGAGUCCCUAAGGUCUGCCUUCUGGGCUUGUCACUCUUCUCUUCUACUUCCCCUCCUCUUGAGUCGGGUGUGUCAGGGCUGGAGGGAGGACCGGCCGUCUCUCUCCUUGUGUGUGUGAUUGGAGUGGUGUGUAUUUCUUUUCUAGUACUUGGUCUGAUGAUAGCUGUGCUCUUACCUCGAGUCAGCAGCACCUGGAGCCCCAAGUGCUCGACACUUUGUUCAACUUCCUACAAGGCAGGCGGCCUGGUGUCAGCAGUAGGAAGGGAAGGCAUUGUUGGCUCCAGGGUUGACGGCCCGAUGGGCAGGUGCUUGCCUGGGUAGAUGGGGUGUAGAUAUGUGGCAUAUAGAGAUAUAUAUUUUAUAAUGGGAGGGGGGAUGGCACCUCCUGGGACUGGUAGAGCUGGGAGGUGUGUCGGCAAGCACAUGGCCUCAAGUCCACGUCCCUAGAAAGAUGGGGCCUACGGUGAUAGGCGCUCUAUAAAUACAUAGAUAGGGUCAUGUAUAAGAAAUAUUAUGGGGUGGGGAGUGGGGGAAGCAGGCUCAGUGUGCUGAGCCUCGGUCCCCACUGCGGACAUAAACCCCACACCAGUCAGUCAAUCUCACACGCAUACACAGGAGCAUAUUUCUGUACUGAUGCAUAAUGAAUGCACUCACACACACGCCAGGGGGCUCCCAGCACUCUUCUCCCAGGGUUCAGGACUUUGUGGAGUCAGCCCGUGCAGCUAUUUACCUCUGUUGCCCUGAUUGCAGGUAGACUGUCAAUCCCAGAAGUUGCUAGGUGCUGAGGCAGGAAAAGGAGGAGGUUUCUUUCAGCAGGUGCUCUCCUCUAGCAGGUAGUGUUCUAUCUCUUUUGCCCCUGGUGAUGUCAAAAGAUUCUUCUGUUAGCAACCUGUGAUACUGACCUGCAACUCUAGGCACCAGUCAAGUCAGCCCUCAACUCCCCCUACCUAUUCUCCCCCAACUGAAAUCAAAUUGACAUCCAGGUCUGUCUUGGCCAGGGGGCUUCCAUUGGGGAAAAAAAAAAAAAAAAAAAAAAUGGGACAGUGAACCUCAC